CUGCAGUUGCUCGUGUGCUCAUGUUCAUCAACAAAACACUUCGUCCUUUUGCCGGAGAUUACAGAACUUUUCAAUUGCAGUUGAAAAAAGUGAAUAAAAUUAUUGCACUGAGCCACUAUGGCUCACGUCGGCAAGCAGGGCCGUGAGCUGGCUCUGACGAUGCUCAGAGCGUUGCCGCGAGUCUGCUUGGCUAACAUUACCAACCCGGGCAGCAAGAAAAAGACAAAGAGAGGAAGAGGACAGCACGGCGGUGACAAACACGGUGGUGGCGAUUCUAAUCAAAGGAACAACUGGAUGCCUCUUGGAUACGAAACUGGCAAUCGGCCUUUUCACAAAAGAUUCAGCGAAGAGCCUUACUACAAGGGACACCACUUGAGAAGACAGUAUCCACCGUUGUCGCUGCAGCAGCUUCAAUUAAUGAUCGACACCAACAGAGUAGACACCAGCAAGCUUAUAGAUUUGACAGCCAUAUCAAAUACCGGGGUGUACAAGAUUGAACCAGAUUGGAAGCACUAUGGUGUUCAUCUUACUGAUGAGGGAGCUGACCAGUUCCAAGCUAAAAUUAAUAUCGAAGUCCAGUGGGCUUCUGAACCAGUAAUAGCGGCAAUCGAAAGGAAUGGAGGAAGAAUAACGACAGCUUACUAUGAUUUACAUUGCGUGUACGCUGCUAUCAAUCCACAAAAAUUUUUCAAAAAGGGUGCACCCAUACCUCGCCGUUUGCUACCACCAGCUGAUUGUUUAGAAUAUUACUCGAGUGCUGCGACUCGUGGAUACUUGGCAGAUCCCGAAAAAAUAUCAUAUGAAAGACUUGUCUUGUCACAAAAAUAUGGCUACGAGCUGCCGAAAAUAGAAAAUGAUCCUGAUUUCGAGAUACUUAUGGAAAGUAAGGAUCCUAGACAAAUAUUUUUUGGACUUGAACCAGGGUGGGUUGUAAGUCUUAAGGACAAAUGUAUAUUGAAACCAAAGGCAGAAUACUUGAGAGAAUUUUACGCUAAUUGAAUUUUUGUACACUAGACAGUGCUAAUGCUAACUGAAUGUACGUUGUAAAUAUUUUAAAUUUAUAAAGAAGUUUGUUGAAAAUUCA